GGACCACCUUGACUCGUUUGUUUUCACCAGUGAGCAAUAAAUUCAAGCAAGCUGAAGCAGGAAUGUGAAGUGGGAUGACUUCACUCUGAUGUCACAGUGCUAAGACUCAGCAGUCACUUAGCAACGGUUGGAGGCCUGACCCUUGUGCUGUGUUGGGCUGUGCUGCUCUGACUGUGGCUGGCCUGGUAGAGAUGGUGCUGAUCUGUCUCUAAGAGAAAUUUGGAUCCCUGCCUGUAAAUAACUGGCUGACACAUCUGCCCACCUCCAAGGUUGCAGAGGGAAGAGCAAGUGAGAUCAUGGUGGCAAAGUAUCUCAAUGGCCGUGUCUCAACGAGUCAAGCAAAUUCAUGGGGUCUCAUAUAUCUCAGGAUAGUCUUGAACUGCUGAUUCUCCUGUCUCCAACACCCAAAUUCUGGGAUGACAGGAAUUUUGAUGGAUGAUGCUACCCUGAAGUUCUACGAUGUUAUCCCUGGAGCAGUUAUUUCAUUAUGUAUCUGGCAUUAUGAUGGUUGGACGGAACUGGUUUUGGCAGCCGUGGAAGGGGACCCCAGUAAGCUGUCAUGCCUUGGCAUCAGCGAGGACACCUUCUACCGAACGGCCAACUCACAGCACUUUAAGGGUGAGCAAUGGAGGCAGUGGACCGCCCAGAGGGCGUUUGUGGCCUUGUACAUCUCUGCUCACAGAGGUCAUGCGGAUGCUGUGCGGUAUCUUCUAGAACUUGGAGCCAACUGCCUGGGCAAAUCACCCCUGGGCAGGACGCCCCUGCAUGUGAUUGCAGCCAUGGGCAGGAUGGACUGCAUCAGGCCCUUACUGGAACAUGGUGCCUACAUCCAUGAGAGAGACUCGAAAGGGGAAACACCCAUCACCAUCGCAAGGCGCCUGAAGCGUGAACAUUUCGAGCGCAAGAUGUUCCUCCUCUACUGGAUGAUCAAAUCUGGGAGCAAGGACCCCAAUGACUUGGUAGUGAGGGGGGCUCCAGAGAAAUCCAGCUCUGGGAAUGUGUCAAAAAGCCCCGUGUAGCUCCCCUGAGCACGUUUGCCCAUCAUCUUGCUCUGGGGCAACCUUGCAGCUCCCACAGUGGCCUCCAUGGCACUCGUUAGGUAACAAAAGAAGGGACAGAUCUAAAUCAGAUGCCAAAUUGGUUGUCCUCUUACCAGUGUCUCUGGGAGGGUGUCAUGGAGCAGGUGAGCUCGUCUCUUUUGUAAUCCAUUCUGUCCUCACCAGGCCCACAAUGCCAGCCUUUAAUUUUAAGCUCUUUGUACGUGGUACCCAAUCACACUGGUUGGGGUGAUGGUAGUCAAUUAUCUCUCCCUUUUGAGGCCAUCUAAUGCACCAGCAUAAUAGGAGUAAUAGCAGGAAUGAUAAUAGCACCCCUGUUAUCGCGCAGAGAGAGCACCGGCCUACGUCAGGAGGUCAUGUGCAGCGUAGGUUGUGAAUUUGUUGUCAGACCUAUGCAGCUAACCAUUUCCGUGGCCAGGAAUGACACGUUUUUGGCUGAGCCAGCUCUGAGGGGGUCUGCUGAUUGAGUAUGGGGCAGAAGAGAAACUGGAAGUAGGGGCCUGCAAACCUCCAAACAUAGUCCACCAAGAGGCUGCUUUCUUAUCCUUGUGGCAAGGACACACGUGGCCUUAGGGAUAGAGGGAACAACAUAGGAGGCAGAAAGGAGAGAGUGAGGCUAGCAGCCUCUUCCUGUGGUCCCAAUCCAGUGGCCCCCAUAAGCUUUCAUGCUCCUUUUCACUUUCCCAAGCACCACCUUUCCCUGGGAGCUGACUAGCUCAGAGUGCCUGCUGUUGGCUCCAGGCAAUACUCUGCCUUAGUCUAUACCUUAGACCCUGUAGUGGGGAUGAGUAAACCAAGUGCAGACUACAAGCAAAGAAGCCGAAGAUGAGGCCCAAUGCCCGAGAAAGGGCAUGGGGACCCAGCUCCAACAGAAAGGCAAGGCAGAAGUUGCUAUUUUGUUCUAGAGUGUUCCAAAGCUAAAACCUGACUUUCAUGAUAGUUUAGCUCCAGGUUUUAAAAUAGUGCUUUGAAAUUCUGAAUAAGUAGGAAGAUAUGAAAGCAUGCUGAGGGACAGUUGCUUGCUGCUCGACUGUUUGCUCCACUGGGAAAGUGCUAGAAAGAACCUGAAUCUCAUUAGGAUGAUCCCCAGUUCUAUAGCUGCAGUCUAGGGACAGCCACAGGCCUUAUAGUGAAACAUAAUGUCCACCUUGUUACUCCUGGUGGGCCAUAUGUUCCCCUGAAGCCCUGAACUACAACAUAAGUUCUGGAAUCCACCUAUAUGUCAAAGGUCUCUUGGCCACUCACCAAGUUGCUUGGAGUGGGAGCAGGUGAGAGUGGCAUUGCACCCUGGCUGACCUUCUUUGCAACGUCCCAACAACUAGACCUAACUUUAAAAUUAAUGGCCUGUGUUUCCUGGUGUCACAGCAAGUAAAACCUUUGUUGACAAUGGUCUUACACCAGCUGACGUGGCUGUGCCCGGGCUUGGCCAUCUCUUUGACAAAUAAGAGUCAGAAAAACAUGUAUCAGCA